AUGUCUAUCUUAAACUCAGUACUGGGCUCGCUCUCUCCACCGUCAGGAUUUAGAAAGUCCUUCGAAGACCCGCACGCGCAUGAACAUGAGCUACCAUCAUACAACUCCUCAUCGCCUCCACGUAUACCACCUCCCGUAACGUCCUCGAUACUAUGGACGGCGCCAAAAGCAAACAUUCCAAUUCAACCUCGAGUCCCCGACGACUUGCUAGCUCUACAACGGCGAGCGCGACACCUCGAACAACAGCUGCAAGAGCUGCUUGAUGCGCAGGCAGAUGGUUUGAUGGCCGGGCUGGGAGCGGGAAGCAAUAUACCAGAUGAUUUGGUGUCGAACGGGAGUACCACACCGACUGUCAGUAGUGUCAGGUCUAGCGACAAAAGCGCAGAAAAUGGAGAGACAUUGCCUAAGCCCCGGCGGAAAAAGGUAGGACUGCAAGCGGCAAGAAAUGGCAUAUCUAGGCGCAUGAAGCAACUCGCAAGCAUCAAGGCUGAAGAGCUCGACUUAUUAGAUGAAGAUUUAAGGAAAGUACAAAGCACAGUCGAGAAGACAGAUGCAUGGAGCCAGAAGCGCACACGGCUCGAGAAGAAGAUCCGAGAAAUAGAGUGCCAGGAUGCCGGUGCAAAGACGCGCAGUCUACAAACAGAGGCCUCAAAGCUUGAACAAGAAAUACGGCAGAAGGAAGAGGAGUUGUGGGCGCUCAAACGACGGCAUCGACGGGUAUUGGAUGAACUGGCCGAUACUGAGAACUCAGUGGAAGCGAAGAUAGCAUCUUACAAGACGUCACUGUCAUUGUUGGAUCGCGAAGUCUCGAACUUUCUCGCGAGACCUGUAGAUCCGAACCACGUACCUGUAUCAUCCUCCCCAUACCCUACGCUUCCCGCAAAACGACGAACGCUUGAAAUGGCACGCGAGUACUGGCAGGAUGAAUACACCAGAUUAGCUGAGAAAUGCGAAGAGAUCGAUACAGACCGUGGGGCGCUUGACGAAGGAGCACUUCUAUGGUCAGAUGUAAUGAAGAGAGUCGGGGACUAUGAAGCAAGCCUGCAAAGCUAUAUGCAACAAGCGGGACGAAAGAACCCUCCUGAAUCAUCUAAACUCCUCGACCAGAUGGAAAAAACUAUAUCCUACCUAGAAGAAAAGUUAGAGCUUGCUUCUUCGCGAAGUUGGAAUCUGUUGGUAUGUGCUAUCGGAGCAGAGCUAGAGGCCUUCACACAAGGAAAGAAUAUGUUAGAAGAGGCUCUAGGGUUGAAGCGGAAGGGCAAAGAGAAGGCCACAGAGCCACUACUAGAUCAAGAUGGAUUCCAAGCUGAGCAACCCGAAGACAUGACCGUAUCAGCUAUCAGGAUCACCCAGUCCCCAAAGCCACCAGCCCCGCCCAAGCAACAAUACUUUGAUUCGGAAGACGACGAUCCUGAUCCUGAGCUUUUGAUUUCACAUCAGGAUGUUGAUACAUACUGA